AGUAUGAUAAAAUGGUUGAUGAAAAAGAUGCAGAAUUGAAAUGCUGGAAAGAAAAACAACGAAAUAUCAACCUAUGUAAAAAACCUUUGGAGGAAGAGCUAACAUCUCUCAAAAGUGAACUUUCAGGUGUAAAACAACAAUUUAAAGAAGUGACUGGUGAAAAGGAAACUUUUGAAAAUCAAGUUAAGGCAUUGAAGGGCACAGUCAAAUCUUUAAAAGAUGAAAUAAAAAAGAAAGUUGAAUCAAAUUCCAUUUUGAUGAACAAAAAUAACAGUGCAUCAAAUUGUGAAGUAUCUAAGACUCCUGUCAGAAAAAACAACCUAUCUACUGCCUCAAAAUCAGCAGAACUGCCUAAACAGUCAGGAAGUUCAAUUAUUCAACAUUUUCAUACUUGGACACCAGCAGAAAAAGCUAAAGUUUUCCCAAAUCAUCAGACGUACACAAUAAAAACUCCCCUCGGUGCUCACAAUCAAUUUCUAAAGGGCAUAAUGAAACCGCCAGCUGAUGAAGCUCUGCAGAAAAAGAGAAAAGUGGUUUUAGACUUGGAUACACAUUCAGACAGCUCUGAACAGAGUGAUCUUUUGAGCAUGAUUCCGGAAUCUGACAUGUUCAGAGAAUUGUAUAAAGGAAACUCAGAAGCUGCUAGUCUCUUUGGAAAACCAUUCAAACAGUUGUGCAGUCCAGCAAAGCCCAAAACUUAUGGCAAUGCUCUGAAAAUGGAUGCUGUUAAGAAGAUGCGAAAAGCAGGGUGGGAAGCUGUCACAAAGGAAAGCAGGAAAAAAAGGAUGAAAAUAGCAGAGAAAAUAUUUUAAAUUUAUAUAGAUUAUUGUUUUUUUUCUUAAGAUUUCCUUGGACUUCCAGAAAAAAUAUAUUGUUUCUCUGUAACUUCAAAUAUAAUUUUAAUGGUAAGUUAUUUCAAAUAUGUUGAUGUAUUUAUAUAGGAGAACACUAAUUUAAAAGGUAUUUAUUCAAAUUUGAAUAAAGAUAUACUGCUAUAAGAAGUUAUUGGACCUCCACAUUACAUCUUAACAUGGCUCAGGCCAUUUAAUAAAUGUUUAUUGUUUAACUUCAUUUAAAAAAAAGAAUGAGCAAGUUCUCAAACUUGUUUAGAAAUCCAUAUUAUUGCAAUGGAUUUUUCUCUUAUUUGUAGUCAAAAUCUCCAACUGACCUUUGGGUCUCCUGCUGCAGAUGAUGAGGAAUGAUAGGACACAUCCUAAUUCCUUUCUUGUUUAUUAGAUUUCCUAGAGGACGUUAUCCAUUUUAAAAUUAUUUUUACAUUGGGCAAGAGAAAUGUCUUUGUUGCUAGGAAUGACAUUAGGCCCAAAUAGCAAUGCAGUUUUUUACUAAAUGAUAAAAUGCAUUUUUUUUUGGUAAAAUUUAAACUUCA